AUGGACGACUUGGAGUCCCUCGAGCUGCUUUCGCUCGUUUCCAAGAUCACGUCGGAAUUGCAAAACCAUCUAGGCGUUAGCGAAAAAACACUGGCCGAGUUCAUCAUCGCCCAGCGCCUCGAAUGCGAUUCUCUCGAUGGCUUCAAGGCCAAGCUGGCCUCGGUCGGUGCCAGCGACUUCCCGCCGAGUUUGGUCGAUAGCAUAGACAGGCUAGUCAGGACUAUGCAUCCAAAGUUCAAAGGACAACAGAACCGAACCAACGACGACAGCAGCCAGCGCCAUGAUCGAUCCGCUGAAGAGACUACCAAGGUCUUCAAAGGGCUCGCGAUUCCCGACAAGGAGGUAGAAGUGGAAGCUAUCGAUGACACAUUCGCCAUGCUCGAGAGCCUUGCGCCAAAACCAUCGAAUGGCAAUAAAGAAAGACCGCCGAGGAAACGAAGCAGAACACCAGAUGACCGCCGCGAGGACUCGAGACGAAAACGCAAGGACAGGUACAGAUCACGGUCCAGAUCCCGAUCGAGGUCUCCACAACGAGGACGGCAGAGAAAUGACCGCUACCGAGACGACGACGAUGCGUAUCGACGGCCACCUCCCCGCGAUCUCGACGAUACUCCACAGCUCAACAAGGUGUACGACGGUCAUGUCACAGGUGUAAAGGACUUUGGCGCUUUCGUCAACAUUCAUGGUGUGAAGGGGAAGGUUGACGGCUUGGUGCACAUCUCGGCGUUUGGUCAGCGAGUCAACCACCCAGAAGAUGUCGUGACGCGAGGGCAAAAUGUCAAGGUCAAAGUUGUCAAGAUCGAGGGCAACAGGGUAGGCUUGUCAAUGAAGGAUAUCGACCAGGAGACAGGCGUGGAUAUGGCGCCCCAAAUAAGGAUGGGAUCGGGUGCCAAUAUGAUGGCCCUGGGUGGUGGACCAACAGGAGGAAACGACCCGACAGGUUCGUUCAUGGCGACUGCUAUUGCCCGGCAACAGAAGAAGAGAAUGACCUCGCCUGAAAGAUGGGAGAUUCGACAAAUGAUUGCUGCUGGAAUCGCAAAGGCCUCAGACUACCCAGAUUUGGAGGAAGAGUACAAGUCAACCCUUGACGGUACAGGGCAGAUGGAGUUGGAAGAGGACGUCGACAUCGAGAUACGUGACGAAGAACCCCCAUUUCUGGCCGGACAGACCAAACAGUCUCUCGAGCUAUCACCCAUCCGCGUUGUCAAGGCCCCAGAUGGCUCCAUGAAUCGUGCCGCUAUGGCCGGCACCAACCUUGCCAAGGAAAGAAAGGAGAUGAAGCAGCAGGAAGCCGAAGAACAGCAGCAAAAGACUAAGGUCGAUUUGUCCCAAUGGCAGGAUCCAAUGGCUAAUCCCGAGAACCGACAAUUUGCUAGCGACUUGCGACGGCGUGCCCAGGCAACCCAAGCAGAGUCUGAUUCUGUGCCCGAAUGGAAGAGGGCCGUGGUGCCCAAGGAUCAGCCCACGGGCAAAAGAUCCGACAUGACCAUCAAGGAGCAGCGAGAGUCUUUGCCUGUCUUCGCUUUCAGGGAACAACUGAUCAACGCUGUCAGAGAGAACCAAGUUCUGAUUGUCGUUGGUGAGACUGGCUCCGGAAAAACCACUCAGCUUACCCAAUACCUCGCCGAGGCCGGCUUUACCAACAAUGGCAUUAUUGGCUGCACGCAGCCUCGUCGUGUAGCUGCCGUUUCGGUUGCCAAGCGUGUCUCUGAGGAGGUUGGCUGUCGACUGGGUGAGGAGGUCGGGUACACAAUCAGAUUCGAGGAUGUAACCAGCCCGGCGACGAAGAUCAAGUACAUGACGGACGGCAUGUUGGAACGUGAGAUUUUGAUCGACCCUGAACUGGGGAGAUACUCAGUCAUCAUGUUGGACGAAGCACACGAGCGUACUAUUGCCACUGACGUUCUGUUUGCUUUGUUGAAGAAGACCAUGAAGAGCCGGAAGGACCUCAAGGUCAUCGUCACCAGUGCUACGUUGGAUGCCGAUAAAUUCAGCGAAUACUUCAAUGCCUGUCCCAUCUUUACCAUUCCAGGACGAACCUUCCCUGUCGAGAUUCUCUACUCUCGUGAACCCGAACCCAUGGGUGAUAUUCUUCUUUUCUUGACAGGUCAAGAAGAGAUCGACACGUCCUGUGAGAUUUUGUUUGAACGCAUGAAAGCACUAGGACCGUCAGUGCCGGAACUCAUCAUUCUCCCUGUUUACUCCGCCCUUCCCAGCGAAAUGCAGAGCAGGAUUUUCGACCCUGCACCGCCUGGCAGCCGAAAGGUCGUCAUUGCUACCAAUAUUGCCGAAACGUCGAUUACGAUUGAUCAUAUUUACUAUGUCAUCGAUCCUGGUUUCGUCAAACAAAACGCCUAUGAUCCCAAACUCGGCAUGGACUCGCUCAUCGUCACCCCUAUCUCCCAAGCGCAGGCAAAUCAGCGAGCAGGUCGCGCCGGCCGCACAGGACCCGGCAAGUGCUUCCGGCUGUACACCGAAGCAGCCUACCAGUCCGAGAUGCUUCCGACGACUAUUCCCGAAAUCCAAAGACAAAACUUGUCCAACACUAUCCUCAUGCUCAAGGCCAUGGGCAUCAACGACCUUAUCCGCUUUGACUUUAUGGAUCCUCCACCCGUCAACACUAUGCUUACAGCCUUGGAGGAGCUUUAUGCCUUAGGAGCACUGGACGACGAAGGUCUGCUGACUCGCCUCGGGCGAAAAAUGGCCGACUUCCCCAUGGAGCCUUCUCUUUCCAAGGUCUUGAUCUCCUCAGUCGAUAAGGGUUGCUCGGAUGAAGUUGUGAGCAUUGUUGCCAUGCUCAACCUCAGCACCAUCUUUUACAGGCCAAAAGACAAGCAAAACCAAGCGGACCAGAAGAAGGCCAAGUUCCACGACCCACACGGCGACCAUCUGACACUGUUGAACGUGUACAACUCGUGGAAGAAUCACGGCUUCUCUCCAACCUGGUGUCACGAGAACUUCAUUCAGGCCCGUUCGAUGCGCCGUGCCAAGGAUGUGCGGGAUCAGAUCGUCAAGAUCAUGAAUCGUCAUCGUCACCCCAUCGUCAGCUGUGGACGCGAGACAGACAGGGUCCGCCAAGCUCUCUGCAGCGGUUUCUUCCGCAACACAGCCCGCAAGGACCCCCAGGAGGGAUACAAGACAUUGACAGAAGGCACACCCGUGUACCUGCACCCGAGCUCAGCGCUGUUCGGGAAGCAGGCGGAAUGGGUGAUUUACCACACGUUAGUGCUCACCACCAGGGAGUACAUGCACUUCACCACGGCGAUUGAGCCCAAGUGGCUUAUUGACGCGGCGCCUACCUUCUUCAAGUUGGCACCAACAGACAAGCUGUCGAAGAGGAAGGCGGCAGAAAGGAUACAGCCGCUCCAUAACCGGUAUGGCGGGGAGGAUGAUUGGCGUCUCAGCGCUCAGAAGAGAGGAGGCAGGGGUGGUGGUGGUGGUGGAACAUGGGGUUAG